UUCACACGACACGAACUUGACAGUUCGCCAGUUCGACGAACGUAGCUCAAUCUGGGUGUUGCUGAAUUUAGUGAAAUAGCCGCGAACUCAUGGCGAGCUCGCGAACUUGACAGUUCAAUCAAAACAAACGGGCAGUGAAACAAAAACAAACCGCCAGUGCAAAUAAAAAACAAAGUGGUAGUGAAAACUGUUGUAUUGUUGUAUCGUUGAUUUGUAAACCAAAAAAGUAAGUUUAAUUGAAUAUUGCGGAUCAAAUAUAUAUGGCUUAAGCUGGAUAUGUUAAAAAUAAUAUCAUUGUUUUAUAAUUGUAUAAUCUCAUCGACUACAGACAAAAGAUAAUAACAUGGACUCGACAGCCAACAAGGCCCCUCAGUUCUGCGAGGAGGAAUUUGUUUUUACGGAAGAAAAAACGCUGGAGUUAAUAUCGGAGGUCCAGAAACACGAAGUGCUUUGGAAAAAGCAAAAUAAAAACUAUAAAAAUACUACAAAACAGGAUGAUAAAUGGCAUACGGUGUCAAAAGCAGUUGGGCUUCCAGUAGCCAUAAUCAAAGCCAAAUGGAAGGUUCUGCGUGCCCAAUUUCGCACCAACAACGCCAAAGCCAAGCAAAGCUGUCGUUCUGGGGCUGGUGCACAACAAGUUUACAAACCAACUUGGUUCGGUUAUGUACCGAUGCUAUUCCUCCGCGAAACGAUGGAUGUGGGCUUCACCAGAGACACGUUAAUGAUCACACCAACUACGAGCAAAAGUACAGAAGCCAGAACGCCAGAAGACCAGCAGAUAGCUGAACCGGGACGGCCAUCAACACCUGAGCCUGGUCCUUCUCGGCGAUGUAAUUUAAUAGGACCAACUCAGACAUCACCUAUACCUGGCCCUUCUCGACAAGCAACUUGCUUGCCUGAUGUUCAGCCUUCCCUUCGUCAGGACAAGGCUACAUCUACCACCGAAGACGGAAGACGAUUAAGAGCCAACCGGCAUGAAAAUAUAGAUCUAAAACUUCUAAAAUGUUUAGAAAGUUUUGAAGAAUCAUUAAAGGGGCAAAAAGAUAGGCAUAAAAUAGGCCCAUUCAUUGAGUUGCUGACCCAACGGAUGCUCAAGAAACGGGAUGAAGACCUAUCUUUAAUUGAAGAUUGCAUUUUAAGCUCCCUUAAUCAGUUUCCCGAUAAAGAUUAGAUUUUAGUGUCCUUUUGUUUGUUUUGUUAACCUUUGUAUAUUAGUUUUUUUCUUUUGGUGUUGGGUAUUUACUUAUUAUUUUUCUUAAUUAUUUAAUUAUCUAAUUACUUUUAGUUUACUUUUAGUUUUUACUUUAGUUUACUUAAUUAAUUAAUUUUAUGUGAGUUUCGUGUUAUUAUUUUGUAUAUGAACUUUAACCAAAAAGCAAUAAAACCGAAUUAUUUUGAACUUGAAUAGAUAUUUUUCUUUAUACACCAUCUCUCUUUAUCAUUUUACUUAUUUGAAGAUAAUGAUAAGGAGUUGAUAGUACUAACUCUUCGUAAAUAAUUAUUAUAUGAUUGCUUAACAAUAGCUAUAUCGACUAGCCUUAAAAAGGUACGCAAUAGAAAUACGGGAUGCACGUGAAUUUCUAAGUGUAUGAAAAAAGAUGCUCUUCCAGUUUAGUGGGCAAAUCAAUUAAGGCGUAUUGUGCAGUCGUGAUGCUUCAGCUUCGUAUCGAACAAAACCGGUAACAACUUUUGAUAUGGUUGAAUUACAUAUUAUACCACAAAAACGAAUCGCAAAACAGACGUUAUAGGCGCACCUCAAAUUGAUUUUGAAUUUAAGAUUCAUUUGUUAAUUUAAAUUCUGUGUGAUUCGUUUAGCGUUAUUUUGAUACAACCAACUAUAUUCUCCGUCUUUGAACAUGGCUUUAUCAUUGUUUGCACAAAAUUUACGGGUCGCAUGAAAAGCUAGUUAAAGAAGGAAAUUGAUAUGUUAGUUCGAGGUGUUAACAUCAAUUCUACCUUUA